UUAGGUAGUUAUCUAGAUUGCUAGUUUUGGAACAGAACUACUUAUUGCUGCUUUAACAUAACAUAGGCUACCCAAGGGCGAGGAGUAGCCUAUGUACUUCAACAACAAACCUGUACUGAUCUCGCUAAAUGAGAUUUAAUGUUAUUUGGUAAGUCGAAAAUCGUAAACUCAUAAAAUGGUAGAAUAGGCAGGAAUUAACUUCGUUACCUAUCGACCAAAUGCAGUCUUCCAAAAAUCUAUUUCUGCAGAAGAAAGCCUGUAUAAUUUAUAACAUAUCGUUACUAAAAUAGAAAUAUCGCCCAAACCGCUCGUUUUCUGAUUGGUUACUUUGAUUAAAUCAGGGAUAAUUAGGAAAACUGACACACCUGCAGAAAGUAUGUUUUUUUUUUUUUUUUGCCAGUACAUUUAUAUUGAAGUUUAUCUCUAAUUAGUUCAUGUGUUUGCCUUAAAAGGUAAAAUUACCUUAUAGUAAAGGAAAAGGAGAGAGAUGGGGAAAAUAACUUAGAUGUAUAUUGGUGUCAUAUUGUCGUACAGCCCAUCUGAAACACAACUGCACAAUCUACGUGGAGGUGUGCGUCAAAUGUUUGCGUGCUCGUGUAGGCUCGGCUACUCUCAGCCAACUGCACCAAAGCCACUUCACAUCCAGGCUUUACACUAGCAGCAACGGAACUACUCGUCUUCAGCCUUCGUUUUUCCCUGCAUGAGGAAUAAUUGCUUUAAACAUAUUUUCCAACUGGAAUGAAAUGGAGGACAUUUCGUUUGAUGAAACAGAGCUUUAUUAUUCAUGCCACUGUCUCGAAAACUCUUAAGACUUUAGGAUAGGAUAUCCCCACUGUAGAUUCAGGCAACCACGGAUGAGACCAUGGAUGCUCCAGUGAAUUCUGAGAAAUCACAUCUUAUGAAUGAGAAGAAUGCCAAAAUGUAUUCACUAAAACUGAAAAGUGAAUUUCCUGAUUCCAAAGACGGCUAUCCCAGCAUGCCCUUGGAGAACGGUGACGCGGUCGGGGCCAUCGAGCUGAGGCAGCCCGUGCGCGCCCAUUGUCAUGGCCACAAAGCAUCCGGAGGGGAGAGCGGCGAGAGGCUGCUGGCUCAGAAGAAGCUCUACAUCGCUUCCAUAGUCUGCCUGGUGUUUAUGAUAGGAGAGGUGAUAGGUGGCUAUCUAGCUCACAGUCUGGCCAUCAUGACAGAUGCUGCUCACCUCCUGACAGACUUUGGCAGCAUGAUGGUCAGCAUCUUCUCUCUGUGGGUCUCAACCAGGCCGCCUACAAAGACAAUGAAUUUUGGCUGGCAUCGGUCAGAGAUCAUGGGAGCUCUGGUGUCCGUGCUGUCCAUCUGGAUUGUGACGGGGGUUCUGGUGUACCUGGCCAUUGACAGGAUCGUCAGGAAUGACUAUGAGAUCGAGAGCCACGUAAUGCUACUCACCUCGGGCUGUGCUGUGGUGGUCAACAUCAUUAUGGCCUACAUCCUGCACCACUCCACCACCUUCCAUGCCCACGGCGCCGGCUACCACAAGAUUGAUGAGAACGGCGUCAGUCUGAGCCCCGUGGCCCACGGUCACUCCCAUGGCCUGCUGGGUGGCCACAGCAACGCCAGCGUGCGGGCUGCCUUCAUCCACGUGCUGGGGGACCUCCUGCAGAGUGUGGGGGUCAUGGUGGCUGCCAUCAUUAUCUACUUCCGGCCUGAAUACAAAAUAGCCGACCCUAUUUGCACCUUCCUGUUCUCUGUGUUCGUGCUGGCAACUACAAUCACAAUCAUGAGAGAUGUUUUUCAGAUACUCAUGGAAGGGGCGCCAAAAAGCAUUGAGUUUAACUCUGUUAAGGAGGUGCUGCUGUCGCUGAAGUCAGUGAAGGCCAUGCAUAGCCUGCACCUCUGGGCUCUCACCUUAGGGCAGACACUACUGUCUGUCCACGUGGCCAUUGAGGAGAACGCCGACCCACAGGUGGUUCUGAGGGAGGCCACCGACCUCCUGCACACCAAGUUCGGCUUCUACAGCACCACCAUCCAGGUGGAGCCCUACUGCGAGGACAUGGUCCACUGCACCCAGUGCCAGGACCCCACGGACUGAUGGCCGCCGCCCUCCAGGCCAGCUGGAGAAGGUCGGUACAGAGAGGGGGCAGUCGAGAACACAUGCGCACAUUAAUGGCAUCACUGAGGCCUAACGCUGCAAACUUCAUGCGAUGCAGAGGGAUCCGAGAUGAAGGAUGGUGCUCAAAGCCAUCCUCCACAUGGAGAUCACUCAUAAUUAUGAUUUGGUACACACAGAAUACACUAUGAGCAAGUGGAGAUUCCGUGCUUCGUGCUUUCAUAUAAUUCCGCAAGUAGUCUGUUCACUUAUUGUUACAGAAUAUGAUUGAUGUCAUAUUUCAUAUUAAUUCAAUUAAUUGCAGCUAAGCAUAGAUGGAUGUGGAAAAUGGGAUAUCAAAACAUAAAGCAUUCUGCGACGUCCCUAAAAUGUAUACGAACAAAUGUAUACGAACCUCAUUGUAAUUGCCUGUCCAAACAUUCCUGGAGUGAGAGAGAUGGUAUCGACUAAAGAGAAAAUAAAGUUGGGUUUCCAGUGCCCUACAGUUAGGGUUAUUUCUCUCAAUUUGUGGGAUCAGUGACUGGGUUUGCCGGACUAAAGCUUUGUGGCUUCACAUGGAUGGGCCAAUAUGACGAGGGAUUGAAUUCUUCACUUAAUUUCAUCAAGUGCCAAGGUCGAGAGAUCGAACAAGUGCAUGUCGCAAUAAACCAGGAAGACUCUUAGAAGCAAACUAAAUAAUUAAUAAUAAUGAAAAACAUAAGACAACCAGACCCAUCAGAACAUAUAGUAUAAUAUAGAGAUAAGACUUCCCAGAUGAAUCCCAUUAAUCAAACUGGUCUUUUUAUUCAUAGCCCAGAGUGGCAUCUUCUCAACACUUCUCAGCACAACAGAGAUUAUUGUUUACAGCUGAAACAGACCAGAAUGUUAUUCAUUAUCCAGUUCACUGAUCAUACUGCUAAGAUAAUCGUAACUGAAGUGAAGCAUGCUUGGAUUGUUCUAUAUCAUUACAUGGAUAUCUUGGCAUGUCAGUGUUGUGGAUUUACACCGCUAUAGUCUGGUGGCUUAUCCACGCCAUAGCCCACAGUUGGUUUGUCCUAUCUGGUUAGUUGGCCAGCACACUGCCGUUACAACCUUCCAGCACUACAUUCCAGGAGUAUGACCAGAUCAACAUCGGUACGAGGUCUAUACAAGCCACUUCAGAGAUCUUUGUGACAUAUGCAUUACAUGCAAGGGAUCAGCAUAAAACAUAAAGUGACGUGGCUAUCAACUUCAAAGGAAUCAAAAGUGUUAACGAGGAACAGAAUGAAGUCAGGUGUACAGCCAUAGGAAGCAGAGACACUAAAAAAGCCAGACCCAUCAUCAGUGUUGUGUUUGAAUGUUUCAAUGUUUCUUGCAAACUAAGAAUUGUGGCUGAAAUUCAUUUAAAAAGGUUCACCGUUGCAUGGAUGGGUCUCCCUCAUUUAGCACAGUGAACAUCAUACAGCUAAGGCUGUAUCAAAAUGUCCUCAUACAAAUCUAUAUUUUGCCAACUUUGAUAAAAUGGAAGUAUAUUUUACAUGUAAAUAUAUCAUCAUUUGUAAAGCCACGUGAGAAACGAACAAAAAUAUCACUUCAGAGUAACCAACACCAUUUUUGCUAUAUUUUAUUUAAAAUUUUUAAUGGAUGUUUUGAGGAGGGAACUUGAACUUGUGGCGUGUGAACGGUGAAAGUAAGUGGAUAGCGAUGGCACGCAUAAGACAGUACUUUUAAUCUUGGGUUGUCAGUGGAUACCUGUCGAUAAUCACAAUAAGGUCUUAAAUCUUUAGUGUCAGCAAUACAAUCACUGCAGCCCAUAGCUGUGGAACACAAAUGAACAUUUUACUGCCAAACCGAGCCUCAUAUGAUUUCCCUUAAUCAAUAAACAAUAUGACCACUGAGGCCUAUAUGCCUUCUUUGUUAUUUUAAUAUUAGAUGUAUCUAAAAGAGAUUAUUCUUAAAAGCCAUGGGAGCUCAUAUAAUGGGAGGUAUAAUACAAAUAAUAACAAUAAUAACAAUAAUAGUAAUUAUAAUACUAAUAGAUAACAAAAAUAACUUUUAUUGCACCAAUUUACAGUCAGUUGGAGAGAAGCACGCACACCGUAUCACAGUUUGGUUCUUGGUUCUCACCACUAUGGUGAGAAUGGUUAAGAGUGGUGAGAGGGAGAGAUUUGGGCUGCCUACACACACACAGUCCUGGUACACAUCAACCUUAAUGUAACUGUCCUGUAACCUGUUUAUCUGUCCUGUGAUGUUUCCGAGUUCUAUGUUGUAACGGUCGUGUGAAAAUUCGGUAAAUGCUCUAAAAGCGACGUAUUUUCUGUGUAUAUUCACUUUGUGAAUGUGUAAAUAAAUUUGCUUACUGUUAACAAAUUAUCUGUAAACGUCGUGUAUAAAUGUUGUAUGGUGAUAAUGUGUGUAACAAUAUGAAAUCUCUGGCAACCAACAUGCUGUUUGAUAUUUCAUUUCUAUUUGUGUGGUGGGACUUUUGUAAAUUGCAAUAAAUGUGUGCAAACGGUAAAA